AUGGGGAUUAAAGCUGUUGCAGUUCUUAAAGGUGAUAACCCUAGCAUCACUGCUGGUGGUACUGUUACCUUCGAACAGGAAAGCGCAGAUAAGGACGUUUUUAUUAAAAUUGACCUUAAAAAUUUAAAACCUGGAAAUCACGGUUUUCAUAUUCAUGAAUAUGGUGAUAACACCAAUGGAUGUACGUCAGCAGGUGGACAUUAUAAUCCUGAUGAGAAACUUCAUGGUGCACGUCAAGAUAUUAAAAAUCGUCAUGUAGGUGACUUGGGUAAUGUUCUAGUUGGUCCUGAUGGCACUGUUAAAGACUCAUUUUCAGAUGAACUAAUUAAAUUAAUUGGCGAACGCUCAGUAAUCGGACGUACUGUAGUUGUUCACGCUGAUCCAGAUGAUCUUGGUAAAGGUGGUGUUGAGCUUUCACUUACAACUGGUAAUGCAGGUGCUCGUCUUGCUUGUGGUGUUAUUGGUAAUUAA